AUGACUUUCAAGACCCUCGACUUCAACUGUGCCUUGGUGACUGGCGGUGGCGGUGGCAUCGGACGAGCCAUCUCCGAGUACUUCCUUUCCAUAGGUAAGAAAGUCAUCAUCUGUGGCCGUACCGAAUCGAAGCUGCAGGAAGCCUCCAAGCAGAUGAAGGACUGCCCGUACUAUGUGUUGGACACUGGCAACAUCGCUGGCAUAGCGGACUUUGUCACGAAAAUCACCAAGGAGCAUCCGGACCUUGACUGCCUGGUGAACAACGCGGGUGUGCAGAGGCCACUGGACGUGAACGAAAUGAGCGCCGAGGAAUUCACUCAGAAGGCUGACAACGAGGUCGCCAUCAACAUCCAAGGACCACUGCACCUGAUCAUCCACCUCCUACCUCACUUCAAGCAGAAGUCCGGCGCGGUUAUCAUGAACGUUUCGUCUGUGCUCGGCUACAUUCCCACGUCUGUUAUCAACCCAGUAUACAACGGCACCAAGGCGUGGGUUCACUUCUGGUCAAUGAACCUCCGGACACAGCUCGAGCAGGCAGGUGCCAAUAUUCGUGUUAUUGAAAUUGCUCCUCCAAGCGUCGGUACAGAUCUACACCGCGAGCGCAAAGAUCCGAAUGACAACAAGAAGGACAAGAAUCCAGCCGCGCUGUCCGUCGAGGAGUUCAUGGAGGAUGUGAUUGCUCAAUUCGAAGCCAACGAAGACCACAUCGGCGCGGGUCCGAGCCGGAAGGUGCUCGAACGCUGGUAUGGCGAGUUCGGGCCGGACUAUCAGAAAGCUACUGGCCACAAGUGA